AUGCUCCAAACGCAGACUCAUCACGUCUUUUCCCAUCAACAUCAGUAUCCGCAAGCUGAUCCGUCGUGGCUGCACCAACAGCAACAGCAGCAGCAUCACCAAGCCGCCCAGCAACACCCGCACCAACAGCAGCAUUCGCUGGUAGCCCAGCAGCAUGCCCAGGUCCAGGCUGCAGCGGCCGCGGCGGCAGCUGCUCAACAGCAGCACUAUAGUCGAAUUGCGAUGGCCGGAGCUGCCGGUGCUGCGAAUCCAGCGCAAGGUGCCGGCGCUGGAGGAAUGGGUGGAGAUGCAGGCUUGUCCGGUGCGAUUUCGGUGAUCGACGGUGGAAUCAGUGAGGAGAAUCGCAAGGUUUUCAUCUGGGUGGCGGAGCUGCUGGAUCCCAAUCGUCGAGAGGCAGCGCUUAUGGAACUCAGCAAGAAGCGGGAGCAGGUGCCUGAACUUGCGCUGGUUAUCUGGCAUUCUUUUGGCGUUAUGACCGCCCUUCUGCAGGAGAUAAUCUCUGUUUACCCAUUGUUGAAUCCCUCCCAGUUGACCGCAGCUGCGUCGAAUCGUGUCUGUAAUGCACUAGCUCUGCUCCAGUGUGUUGCGUCUCACAACGAGACCCGUACUUUAUUUCUUAAUGCUCAUAUUCCUCUGUUUCUCUAUCCUUUUCUCAACACCACCUCCAAGUCGCGCCCCUUUGAAUAUCUUCGUCUUACCUCCUUGGGUGUUAUUGGCGCUCUGGUGAAGAAUGAUUCCUCCGAUGUCAUCAACUUCCUCCUUACCACGGAGAUCAUUCCCCUCUGCCUCCGCAUCAUGGAGACCGGCUCGGAAUUGAGCAAGACCGUCGCCAUCUUCAUUGUACAGAAAAUUCUACUUGACGAUAUCGGCCUUGCAUACAUUUGUGCUACUUAUGAGAGAUUUUAUGCCGUCGGAACGGUUUUGAGCAACAUGGUCACACAGCUUGUCGAGCAACAGACAGUGAGGUUACUGAAGCACGUUGUGCGCUGCUUCCUUCGCUUGAGUGACAACAGCAGAGCCCGGGAGGCCUUGCGUCAAUGUCUUCCCGAACCACUCCGGGAUGCCACCUUCUCCUCCGUCCUCCGCGAUGACGCAGCCACGAAGCGCUGCCUUGCACAACUUCUCAUUAAUCUCUCUGACAACGUGUCCGACGGCGCUCCGGGUAUUGCGAUGUAA